AGACAGCCGCAUGAUCAGGAAGUGAACCUGUUUAUUUACAAAAUGGUGCUGAUAUCCUCGCGUUAGAUGUAUGACUGCAAAUGGCUUGAGUGGGAAAACUAAUAAACCUAUAACUAAUGAGGACUAUUUACAGCCAGGUGACUUACAGUAUGAGGGGAGCAGAUCUGCUUAUUGUGAUAGUUCUUUUAACGGGGACAAUCACACAAAUCAGAGCAGGCAGUGAUGAGUGCAAGGUGAGGUCCUUUGGCCAGAGCUCAGUAGUGUGUGAGUGUAAUGCUACAUACUGCGACUCAGUUGGUCAUGUCAGCUUGCCUCCUGUGGGCCACUUCCUGUCGUUCCUGAGCAGCAAGGCGGGUCAGAGACUUCAGAGGGAACAGGGUCAAGUGCAGAAGAACAGUACUGGAGCAGCUCUCAGGAUCACUCUGGUCCCCACAGAAAAGUACCAGCAUGUUAAGGGCUUUGGAGGAGCCAUGACGGAUGCAGCUGCCAUGAACAUUCUCUUUCUGUCGACUGGAGCGCAGAACCAGCUGCUCAGACAGUACUUCUCCCCAGAGGGUAUAGAGUACAACGUGGUCCGAGUCCCGAUGGCCAGUUGUGACUUUUCGACUCGUUUGUAUACGUACGCCGACUCGCCUGACGACUAUAGCUUGCUCAACUUUAGCCUGGCUGAAGAAGACACGCGCAUGAAGAUUCCUCUGCUGCAGCGGGCACAAGCCCUGUCUGCUCGCCCGCUAUCCCUGUUUGCUGCUGCCUGGAGCUCCCCGGCUUGGUUGAAGACCAGUGGUGCGCUCAUAGGGAAAGGCUCACUUAAAGGAAAGCCUGGGGGCAAAGAGUAUAAAACCUGGGCGCAGUACUAUAUCAGAUUUCUGGAAGAGUAUGAGAAGCAUAAUCUCUCAUUCUGGGGGUUGACCACAGGAAACGAACCCACUGCGGGUGAAUUGACCAAUUACAGUUUCCAGGCUCUGGGUUUCACUCCUGAGCUCCAGCGUGAUUGGAUUGCCAUGGACCUUGGUCCUGCUCUCCAUUCAUCCCCAUAUGCCAAAACCCGCCUUAUGAUCCUGGAUGACAACAGACUCCUGCUUCCUCACUGGGCCAAAGUGGUUCUGAGUGACAUUCAUGCUUCUCGAUAUGUCCAUGGCAUUGGUGUUCACUGGUACUGGGAUCACCUCGUUCCUGCCAAAAUCUCACUGACGGCCACACAUGAACUCUACCCAGAGUACUUCAUUUUGGGUACAGAGGCGUGUCCUGGGUGGAGCAGUCUUGACCAUGGUGUGCGGUUGGGCAGCUGGGAAAGAGCUGAAGAUUACGCCCAUGACAUUAUAGAGGACCUAAAUAACUAUGUGACCGGUUGGACAGACUGGAAUUUAGCACUAGAUAUGAGUGGUGGACCAAACUGGGUCAAGAAUUUUGUGGACAGUCCCAUUAUCGUGGACCGGACCAAAGACGUCUUCUACAAGCAGCCGACAUUCUACAGCAUGGCCCACUUCAGCAAGUUCCUGUGGGAGGGGUCUCAGAGAAUUGGUGUAUCCGUUUCUGAACACACCUCACUAGAAAGUUGUGCCUUCAUCAGACCUGAUGGUUCAGUAGUGCUGAUCGUUUUAAAUAGGUCUGAUGCUGAGGUGGGUUUUGAAGUCUGGGACCAGACCCUGGGCUUUCUGCCUGCAAGCGUGCCUCCUCACUCCAUCCUCACACUACUGUGGGCCACAUCCUAAUUUCCAGUAUUGAUCUACAGCUUUAUGCUACAAUCGGUUUACAUCCCUUCACAAAGUCCUGCAGGUGUGAACGGAAGAAGGGACAUCUGGAUAUUUCAGAGAUUAUGCAAAUAAUCAUACUUAAAAUCAGUUCUAAUUCAGUUCUAACCAAACUAACAUGUAGCAAACAGUGCAUGUGGGCUAGCUGUCAGGAAUCCAGUCCACUAACAGUAGUUUGAGUGGCAUGUAGCACGGAAAAGAACUUUUGUCUUGACAACUUUUUUGGGGUUUUUUUUUGAGGUCACAAUGAAAU